AUGGAUGACUUUUCAUGCACAGCUUACACAGAGUUCAAACUGGUUGGAGGCCCUUACGCCUGUGCCGGUCGAGUUGAGCUGCGGUACCUGGAUGAGUGGGGCACAGUGUGUGAUGCAUCAUGGGACAUGAGAGCCGCCAGUGUCCUCUGUAGACAGCUGAAUUGUGGGAGUGCUCUGGCCGUCGUGGGGUUGGAUCAUUUUGGACAGGGGAGUGGCCAAAUCAGGUCUGAUGUGUUUGAUUGCCAGGGGAAUGAGACCCACCUGUCAGAAUGUGUCAUCUCCUCUUGGAGUCGAGCUUUAUGUUCUCAUGAACAAGAUGUUGGAGUUGUCUGCUCUGAUUCCACUAAGUCCAUUCAGCAUGGAUUGCUACGGUUGAUUGGAGAGAAAGAGUGUGAGGGAGAAAUUGAGGUUUAUAUCCGUCAAGCCUGGAGGAGAGUUCUGUUGGACUCUUUUGGUCUUCCUGAAGCCUCUGUGGUCUGUAGACAGUUGGGCUGUGGCCCUGUGAUAAAGUUCUGGACCACCCGUCCACCCAGCCCUGAAGGCGCUGAAGUGUGUCUGACAGACUUCUGGUGCUCUGGAAAUGAAGCUUAUGUACUAAACUGUAAUAUCAGAACUAGUUUCAACUGCAGUCAUAGUGAAUACCCAUCGGUCAUCUGCUCUGUGUCUCUAAACUCAGGUCACAAGUCCCUCAGGCUGGUAGGUUCUGGGAGUGACUGUGCAGGGAGACUGGAGAUUUUCCACAAAGACUCAUGGGGAACAGUUUGUGAUGAUUCCUGGGAUAUUGAGGAUGCCCAGGUUCUGUGCAGACAGCUCCAGUGUGGAGAGGCCCUAAGUGCCCCAGUUCCAGCCUGGUUUGGUCCUGGAACUGGACCCAUAUGGCUGGAUGAGGUGGAGUGCCUGGGGAACGAGACGUCCCUGUUGAGUUGUUCUUCAAAGAGAUGGGGACAACAUGACUGUGGACACAAUGAGGAUGUGGGAGUGGUGUGUUCAGAGUUCAAAGAGGUCAGACUUACUGAAGGCUGCUCAGGGAACCUGGAGGUAUUUUAUAAUGGGACCUGGGGUAAUGUCUGCAUGAACCAGAUGGACUCAGACACAGCCUCUUUAAUCUGCCAAGAGCUGAACUGUGGAAAGAGUGGCAGUGUUGACUGGGCCAGACCAAGAGUGGCUUCAGCUCCAAACUGGCUUGAUUCAAUGAAAUGCAGACCACAUGACGUCACUCUGUGGCAGUGUCCAUCUUCACCCUGGGGUCAGAAUAAAUGCACUGAUGUUGAAGUGGCUCAAAUUACCUGUUCAGAAGAAAAAAGUUUCAACCCACGAAGUCAUUUGACAUGCAUCCGUUCAGCAUCUCCAGCCCAGAGGCCAUGCUCAGGAACACUGCUCCUACUGCUGGUGGUGCUUCUGGUUGUGAUGUUUUACCAGAACAGAGCAAUGAGGAGAGCCCUCUCCAAGAGGAGACACAUGACUGUGUCUGAAGUGGUAUAUGAGGAGAUUCAUGAUAGAUUCAUCACUAAAAGAACCAGUAACACUGUUCAGAGUGGAGGAAAUGAGGAUGAGGUUACACCGGAGGAUUAUGACGAUGUCAAGUCUGUUGGAGAUGUUCAGAAGAUGGAAUAUGAAAAUGUGGUGGAAGAAACUCUCAAAGGCGAGAGAAAACUCUCUGAAGAUUACGUCAACACAACCGAAGCGACCAAAUAA